AGGGGCAGCUCGCUCAUACAUUCAUCGCCAAGCUAAGAAAGAUCGAGCAAGAACGAAGCCCAGUGAUAGAUGGCGACACCGACACUGCUCCUCAAUCUCCUAGCUCUCCCCCAACAAUGGCAGCUCCUCCUAGCUCUCCUCCUCCCCGUCAUCUUCCUCCUGCUGAUCACAUCACGAAGCAGGCGCACCAGCCCUCGCCGGCGGACUAGAACGCCGCCGGGCCCUGCACGGCUGCCGGUCCUGGGCAACCUGCUCCAGCUGGGCGCGCUGCCGCACCGGAGCCUGCGGGACCUGGCGCGGCGGCACGGGCCCGUGAUGAUGCUGCGGCUGGGCGCGGUGACGGCGGUGGUGGUGUCCUCGCCGGAGGCGGCGCAGGAGGUGCUGAGGACGCACGACGCCGACUGCUGCAGCCGGCCGCCGUCGCCGGGGCCGACGCGGCUGUCGUACGGGUGCAGGGACGUGGCGUUCGCGCCGUGCGACGGCUACUGGCGCGAGGCGCGGCGGGUGUUCGUCGGCGAGCUCUUCAGCGCGCGCCGCGUCGAGGCCGCAUGGCGCGCGCGGCAAGACCAGGUGGUGAAGCUGAUCGGCAAGCUGACAUGGCCGGAGCCAAGGCCGGUGGAGCUGAACGAUCACAUCUUCGCCCUGGCCGACGGCAUCAUCGGCGCGGUGGCGUUCGGCAGCAUCUACGGCACGGAGAGGUUCGCGGGCAGGGCGCGCUUCCACCACCUGCUCGACGAUGUCAUGGACAUGCUCGCCAGCUUCUCCGCCGAGGACUUCUUCCCCAACGCCGCCGGCCGCCUCGUCGAUCGCCUCACCGGCCUCGCCGCCCGCCGCGAGCGGGUGUUCGAACAGCUCGACGCCUUCUACGAGAUGGUCAUCGAGCAGCACCUUGACUCUUCCAGGACGGUGUCCACACCCGACGGCGGCGACGACGACGGCGGCGGCAACCUCGUCGACGUCCUCAUCGAGCUGUGGAAGCAGGGGAAGCAGUACGGCGAUCUCCGCUUCACCAGGGAGCACGUCAAGGCCAUCAUCUUCGACACGUUCAUCGGCGGGAUUGGCACGAGCUCGGUGACGAUCCUGUGGGCGAUGGCGGAGCUGAUCCGGGCGCCGCGGGUGAUGCGGAAGGUGCAAGGCAAGGUCAGGGCCGUCGUCGUCGGCGGCAGGGCGGUGCAGCCGGACGACCUGCCGAGGCUCAAGAACCUCAAGAACGCCGUCAAGGAGACUCGGCGGCUGCACCCGCCGGCGACGCUGCUGAUGCCGCGGGAGACGACGCGGCACGUCAGGGUCGGCGGCUACGACGUGCCGGCGAAGACGCGGGUGAUGGUGAACCUGUGGGCGAUCGGCAGGGACGCGGCGAGCUGGGACGAGCCAGAGGUGUUCGACCCGGACAGGUUCGAGACGAAGCGCGUCGACUUCAACGGCGGCCACUUCGAGUUGCUGCCGUUCGGGUCAGGGCGGCGGAUCUGCCCCGGCGUCGCCAUGGGCGCCGCCAACGUCGAGUUCACGCUGGCCAACCUGCUGCACUGCUUCGACUGGACGCUACCGGAGGGGAUGACGGAGACGGAGGUGAGCAUGGAGGAGGCCGGCGGCCUGGUGCUCCACAGGAAGACGCCGCUCGUGCUCGUGCCCACUAGAUACAAAGUGCAAUUUUAGCUAUCAUCAUUUGUACUUUGCUGUCUUUGCUUCUUAAUUUGGGUUCAUUACACUUAAACAUCAAAAUGUAGUGAAGGAUCAUACGUAUGUGUGACGCAAUUCGUCUGAUAUAAAGUUAAAGGGACAUUGUCGCUAACAUGUGAACCCUAACAUCCAUAAACUCACAUGUCAACCAUCGAGUCCCUCCAACUUUUGCAUAAGAGGAUCUCGUUCCACUCCCGCUCCACACAGGCUCAAUUCUUCUAUGUAAGUGCUUCACUAAGCUUGGUGUGAUUGAAAUGGAAUAGCAAGAU